AUGGAGUAUAAAAAAAGGACAAUACAGCCAAGUCAAAUAGUAACGGGUCAAAUUUUAGAUGAUGCACUUGCAUUAGAGGAUUGUUAUCCAAAUUAUGAAUUAAAAUCAACAUUAUUUUCGGAUAUAUCUGAUGACAGUGCCGAUGAAAUGCUUGUUCAAGCUUCGCAAAUGGCGGAGGAUCGCUAUGCUGAGGAAUUAUUAUUGUGUGAUGGAGAUGAUGAGGAAUUAUUACAAGCCUCCCAGAAUUUCGAGAAUGCGCCCAAAUCGCAAAAUUCAGACAGAUUCCCCGAGCCAUUGGAGUAUUGCCAACUUACAGAAAUGGUUAAAAAGAGUGUACCCGAAAACACCAGAAACAAAUCAAAAUGGGCAUUUAAUGUAUUCGAACAAUGGAAAAAGAAUAGAAACACUUAUGGAAAUACAGAAAACGAUACCAUAAUUGGUGAUAUUUUGACAAUGUCAAACCAGCAGUUAGACAUGGUUCUGUCAUUUUUUAUAGCCGAGGUGAGGAAUAAACAAGGAAAAGAAUAUUGCCCUAAGACAAUAUACGAGCUUGUCAUAGCUCUCCAGCACUACCUAAGAUCUAAUGACAGGCAGAUAAACCUUCUAGAAAGUAGCGAUUUUGUAAAAAUGAGGUCGGUCUUAGAUUCAAGAAUGAAAGAUCUCUCAAUGCAAGGAUUGGGGCUUAAUAAAAAGCAAGCUUUAAUUAUAAAUGCAGAACAGGAGGAUACACUGUGGGAACAAGGACUCCUUGGAAACUUGGAUACACCUCAAAAACUUUUGGAUACCAUGGUCUUUUACAUGGGUUUGAACUUUGCAUUAAGAGCUGGCAAGGAGCAUUGGAAUCUGAGGAUCGGAUCUUCGACUCAGAUUAAACUUCAUUCCACCCCAACUGGACGUCGUUAUUUGGAAUACACAGAGGAUGUUUCGAAAACUAAUGCUGGCGGGCUGUACCAAAAGAAUGUGUCACCAAAAGUUACACGGGCAUACGAGAACGAUAACCAACCAGAGAGGUGUCUUUUGAAUCUUUACUUGGACUAUAUGAGCAAACGACCAGAAAAUGGCAAGUGUGAUGCGUUUUACUUGCGUCCUAGCAAGUCUGGUAACGGUGCUGUUAGAGGAAAAUGGUUUGAUGAUGCCCCUGUUGGAAUACAUACUUUACAGCGUACUAUUGGUCGACUAUGUAAUGAUGCUGGUUUUGAUGGUUUCUACACAAACCAUUCACUUCGUGCAACUGCAGCCACGCGCUUGUUCUCUGCUGGAGUUGAUGAACAGUUGAUAUGCGAGAAGACAGGUCAUAGGUCUGACGCUAUAAGAGGUUACAAGCGUACUUCGGAACAACAACAAGAGCUUGUUAGCAAAAUUGUUCAAAGUGCUAAAUGUCAAAAAGUUGAUAAUAGUUUAAAAAAUGACAAAAGUUGUGAAUUUUCUUUCGAAGGCAACGGCAUGAAAUUCAAUUUCAAAUUCUGA